AUGCCGUGUGAACUGUUGUCUCGAGUCUACUCAACGAAUACAGUGGUGGAGGGAAUCGAGAUUGUAAAAAAGGAGGUUGGGAUGGAUGCCUUAACUUCUCCCGACGCUGCUCUCGAGCAAGAGCUUCUGAAACUUGAGGAGAUGGAGCUUAAGAGACAGCGUGGAAUUGCAACUCCUGUUCGCUCGAUGGCUUUGCAAGCGGAACCCGAUGAAGAUACAGUACCAGCUUCGAUUGAAUAUCGGCCAUUGUCUGGUCCUGGGUCCCCCGAGAUCUCGGCGGAAACGAAUCUUGAGAUGGGUGAUGGGGCCGGUGAGGAGGGUGAGCCCCAGAAGUCUCUUAAUGAAGAAGAUACCAUGAUGGCAGCGUGGUUUGGUGUUUACGAUGAUCAUUUUGGUGGCCCAACUUCCCCGGGUUCACCAGUGGUACCUUGUGCAUCUGACCCCUACGUGGAUGCUGUUGAUUUGGGUGAUCAGGAUGUCUCAAACGAGAACACCGGCAUCGUGCAGAACUCCGAGGAGGUAAAGAAGGUGGAGAAGGUUGCCCCUGCUGCUGGGGAUACACCCAAAGCAACUGGUGAAAGCAAUGAGAUGAAGAGGCUCAGGCGGGUGAUGCAGCCACGGGCCGAUGGAACACACAUUGUUCCCCAAGAGAUUGUGGACAAGUGGGCGGAGGAGUUCAUCAAGAGGUGCCGCCGCAAGGUGGAAUCCAUCAAAGAGUCCCAAUUGGAAGUGGAUGGUGAGUUUAUGUCGGAGCAGGAUAUGCUGGAUGAGAACUACAAGCCGAACAAGAUUGCUGCAAUCAAAGCUGACUGCGCGAAGGUCAGCGGUUGGAUCCGGCGAGACAGGUAUGAGAAACAUGUGAAGCUCUACUGGGUGGAGAAGAACCUGAAGGGAAAAUCCCUGAAGAAGCGACGUGAAAUUCUUGAAUAUGAAGAGGAGAUAGACGAGGAGAAGUUUGACGGCAUGAUGGCAUCGAGCUUGGCUAACCCAAUGCCAGGGGGGUUUGAACUGCCUGAGGACACAACAGACCCUACAAUUGUCAUUGAAGCUGAUGGAGAUGAAGAUACCAAGAAAAGUUUGAAGAUGCUGGCUUUCCCGGUUAUGGAUGAUGAUGCUGUCCCAAGCUCAUACAUUCAAAAGGUUCAGGGUGCCAUUGGCAAAUGGCGGGUCAAGAUGCACGCGAUGGUCGCAGUCAAGGAUGAACUUGAAGAAGUCCCCGAGUCUAUGGGCCAGCUCUUUGACAAGGCAUUGGAGUUCGACGAAAAAUUGAAGGAGGUGGAGGAAAAAAUCAUGACCAUCAAUAUGCAGGGAAUCGUUGAUGGAUUCACCAAAGGGCACCAAGAUGAUUUGGUGGAGCAUUUCAAGACCAGCCGCCAAUGGCAACAGGUUGCUCUCUUCAGGAACCACGUUGGUGCAGCACUUUGUGUCUUCAAAAUUGGGGUGUGCAAAUGCUUUGAACUUGUCGACCCGGGCGCAGUCUUUGCCUCAAACAACGUGCCGUUUGUCAACCACAUCAAGGGGCUUGUGAGAAAGCGACAGCGUGAAGCUGAUAGCAAGGAACAGUCCAAUACCCCACCGCCAAAGGCGGUCAAGAAAGAGCCGAAGUCUGGGAAUAGGUCCCUGGGCGGAGGUGCAGGUUCGUCUUCAGGACCCUUGUUGGAGCAUUUGGUGGAGAAAAUUGCUGAUGGGGCACCUGCAAAGUCUUUAGCAGAACAUCAUCAAGCCUUAGCACAGGAGCUGAAGAGCUGUCCGGAGCUGGCAGGUCACUUGUCAACCAGGGGCAUUGGAGGUGACACCAAGAAUUCUUCAAGGCAGUACAAGCGUUUGGUCCAAAGAGGUGGGUUUGCUAUGAAAGUCCCGAACUCCUACCACACCUUUGAGGAGAAUGGGGCUGUUGUCAGCGUGCCUUACUUGAAACCUGACCAAAUGCUGGCCUAUCUACUGUCCACUCACCCCUGGACUGUACUGGGUGGGUUGCAGCCUGGCGAGCACAACCAGCUUUUGUCAAGUUUCUGGAGGCAGUACAGAAAGGAACAUGGUUCCCACGCUGUUUUCGCAAUGGCUGAGAGGAAAGAAUUGGAUUUAGAGUUUACUGUGCCAUUACUUCUACACGGAGAUGGUGGGCGCACCACCAAAAAGCAGCCGUUAGAAGUUGUUAGCCUAUGUCCAGUCUUAGGCCUUGACACUGAACAGAAGGAAUUGAAAUGUACAUGUGCAAAUGGGAAUGUAUAUUCUGGAAAGCGCAAGAGAAUCCCACUGGCGCAAAGACUAAAUCUGAAGAAUUCUUCCUACACUACGCAUUUUUUGGCUUUUGCACUGCCAGCCAAGAAAUACAAGAAGACUCCCGGGGUGCUGCGUUCAUUGCUCCAAGCUGUUUCUGACAAUCUUGGUCAAGUAUGUCGAACUGGCUUGCCUUGCACACAUCGGGGCAGAGUAUUUCGAUUUCAUUUUGCAGUCUUGGGUAUGAAAGGGGAUCAAGAAUGGCACGCCAAAUCAGGGCUACUGAACCGUAGCUACCAAAACGUUGGAUACAAGAAUUGUAUCCCAUGCUGUAGCCUUUGCGGAGCAGGAGGCGAUGGCCUGCCCUUUGAAGAUUUUUCCCUUCAGGCUGCUUGGAGGGCAACUAUUUGUCAAGCUCCUCCGUGGACUUCAAGUCCUCCCUUUGAGGCUAUUCCAUUUGAGGAUUGGUCUUCAGGUUCAGCGAGCCAAUUCUUCAAGCAAGACAUUUUUCACGUCUUUAGACUUGGUAUAGCCCGAAACUACAUUGGUUCAGCUUUGGUAUACCUAUGUAUGGAGGGUUACUUUGACUCUUCUGGAGAUGGACGCGGCCUGGAAGAGAGAUUGGCCAGGGCAUGGUCUCAUUUCUCCCUGUGGUGUGACACAGAAAAGGUUUCCCCAGCUGGUAUCCGUAGCUUCUCCAAACAGAAGUUGCACAUUCCUACAGCGGGAUCUUUUCCCUGGGUGGGAUGCAAAGGCUCCGAUACAAUUCUUCUGUUGAAGUGGUUGCGUUUUUACUGCAAGAUCCAGCUAUGUUUGGACCCUUCUUCUUCUUCAUCUUCGAUGCUCGGGAUCAUAGCUGGGGGUUGUGAGAAUGGCCUGGCUUUUCAGGGUGUCUACAGGCAUGGGAUCUGGUUGAAGAACUCUUGCAGAGAGAAACUCAUGAGGAACGCGCAAAGAUUCAUCACAGCGUAUGCGAAGCUUGCUUCUGAAGCGUAUCAAAGGGGGUCCCAACUGUAUGCAAUGGUUCCCAAAAUCCAUUCCCUUGACCAUAUCAAGGUGUCCCUGGAGCCGGAUCCAAACAAGGAUUUCUUUUUGAACCCAGCAACAUUUUGUUGCUCGAUGAGCGAAGAUUUCAUUGGAAGAGUUUCUCGUCAAAGCCGUAGGAUCUCAUAUAUCAAAAUUGAAGAGAACACUCUACUGGCGUACAAGAUCAAAGCCAGAUUCCAGCUGCAGCGUUUGAAGAAAAACAGGCGUCUGUAG